AUGAAAGCAAUCCAAUUACACUUGUCACUUCCAUGCUGCACAUUGAGUCCCAGGAUGCAAACUUUUCCAGCUAACAUUGCUCUAGAUUUCUCAAAUAUAUUUACUUUUCACUUCUCUUUCUUGCUUUCUCACUUCCUCUAUCUUUUUCUGUUUGCCCUUGCUUUCCUUUUCUCUUCUCACUUGUUCUUGCUUUCUUACUUCCUCUAUCUUUUUCUUUCUCUUAUUUUCUCACUUCCACUCUUUGUCUUUCCUUUUCUCUCCCUUGCUUUUUUACUUCCUCUAUCUUUCUUUUCUAUUUUCUCUUGCUUUCUCACUUCCUCUCCCCACCUUUCCUCUUUUCACUUCUCUUCUUUACUUCCUCUCCUAUUUCUUUUUCACUUCUCUCUCUUUCUCACUUCCUCUCCCUAUCUUUUUUCACUUCUCUCUUGCUUUCUCUUCCUCUCCCUAUCUCACUUUCUUCUCUCUCUUUCACUUCCUUUUCUUUUCCUUCUCUCUCUUUCUCACUUCCUCUCCCUAUCUUUCUUUUUUCUUUCUCUCUUUUCUUUCUCUUCUCUCUCCCUAUCUUUCUUUUCACUUCUCUCUCUUUCUUUUCCUUUUCUUUCUUUUCACUUCUCUCUCUUUCUCACUUCCCUCCCUAUCUUUCUUUUCACUUCUCUCUCUUUCUCACUUCCUCUCCCUAUCUUUCUUUUUCACUUUCUCUCUUGCUUUCUCACUUCCUCUCCCUAUCUUUCUUUUCACUUCUCUCUUCUUUCUCACUUCCUCUCCCUAUCUUUCUUUCACUUUUCUCUCUCUUUCUCACUUCCUCUCCCUAUCUUUCUUUUUUUCUCUCUCUCUCUUUCUCACUUCCUCUCCCUAUCUUUCUUUCACUUCUCUCUCUCUUGCUUUCUCACUUCUCUCCCAAUCUUUCAUUUUUCUCUCCUUCUCUCUCUUUCUUUCUUUUCACUUCUCUCUUUCCCUCCUCUUUAUCUUUCUUUUCACUUCUCUCUCUUUCUCCUUCCUCUCCCUAUCUUUCUUUUUCACUUCUCUUUUUCUCACUUCCUCUCCCAAUCUUUUCCUUUUCACUUCUCUCUCUCUUUUUCUCACUUCUCUCAUAAUCUUUCCUUUUUUCUCUCUCUCUUUUCACUUCCUCUCCCUAUCUUUUCCUUUUCACUUCUCUCUCUUUCUCACUUCUCUCCCUAUCUUUACUUUUCACUUCUCUCUUUUCUCACUUCCCUCUCCUUAUCUUUCCUUUUCACUUCUCUCUUUCUCACUUCCUCUCCCUAUCUUUCUUUUUCACUUCUCUCUUUGCUUUCUCACUUCCUAUCCCUAUCUUUAGUUUUUUCACUUCUCUCUCUUGCUUUCUCACUUCCUCUCCCUAUCUUUCUUUUCACUUCUCUCUCUUUCUCACUUCCCUCUCCCCUAUCUUUCUCUUUUUCACUUCUCUCUCUUGCUUUUCACUUCCUCUCACUUCCUAUCUUUCUUUUUCACUUCUCUCUCUUGCUUUCUAACUUCCUCUCCCAAUCUUUCCUUUUCACUUCUCUCUCUUUCUCACUUCCUCUCCCUAUCUUUCUUUUUCACUUCUCUCUCUUGAUUUCUCACUUCCUCUCCCAAUCUUUCCUUUUCACUUCUCUCUCUUUCUCACUUCCUCUCCCUAUCUUUCUUUUUCACUUCUCUCUUUCUCACUUCCUCUCCCUAUCUUUCUUUUUCACUUCUCUCUCUUGCUUUCUCACUUCCUCUCCCCAUCUUUACUUUUCACUUUUCUCUCUUGCUUUCUCACUUCCUCUCCCAAUCUUUCCUUUUCACUUCUCUCUUUUCUCACUUCUCUCCCUAUCUUUCUUUUUCACUUCUCUCUCUUGCUUUCUCACUUCCUCUCCCUAUCUUUACUUUUCACUUCUCUCUCUUUCUCACUUCCUCUCCCUAUCUUUACUUUUCACUUCUCUCUCUUUCUCACUUCCUCUCCCUAUCUUUCUUUUUCACUUCUCUCUCUUGCUUUCUCACUUCCUCUCCCUAUCUUUCUUUUUCACUUCUCUCUCUUGCUUUCUCACUUCCUCUCCCAAUCUUUCCUUUUCACUUCUCUCUCUUUCUCACUUCCUCUCCCUAUCUUUCUUUUUCACUUCUCUCUCUUUCUCACUUCCUCUCCCUAUCUUUCUUUUUCACUUCUCUCUCUUUCUCACUUCCUCUCCCUAUCUUUCUUUUUCACUUCUCUCUCUUGCUUUCUCACUUCCUCUCCCUAUCUUUCCUUUACUAUUUUCACACUUCCUCUCCCUAUCUUUCUUUUUCCUUUCUUUCUCUUGUUUUCUCACUUCAUCUCUUUAUCUUUCCAUUACUCUUCUCUCUCUUGCUUUCUUAAUUCCUCUAUCUUUCCUUUUCUCGUCUCCCACUUUCCCUCUCUCAUGGACACAGACUAAUAUCAGAAUGCAGUGUCAAAUUAUUGAAAAAAAAGGAAGAAUCUAA